AUAAACCGGGUAUAAUGCAAGUCAGAGAAAAAGCUAAAUGGACGGCUUGGUCGGACAAUAAUGGCAUGUCCAAAGAAGACGCUCAGGCCGCUUAUAUUGCCUACGUUGAAACGCUCAAGACUAAGUAUUCUCAAUAA